AUGCAAAUUUUUGUUAAAACUCUUACUGGUAAGACCAUCACCCUAGAGGUAGAGGGUUCUGAUACCAUUGAAAAUGUAAAGACCAAGAUUCAAGACAAGGAAGGUAUCCCACCUGAUCAACAACGUCUCAUUUUCGCUGGUAAACAAUUAGAAGAUGGUAGAACUCUUUCCGAUUACAACAUUCAAAAGGAGUCAACACUUCACUUAGUACUUAGACUCCGUGGUGGUAUGCAAGUUUUCGUCAAGACUUUAACUGGUAAGACUAUCACCCUCGAGGUAGAAGGUUCUGAUACCAUCGAGAAUGUCAAGACCAAGAUUCAAGACAAGGAAGGUAUCCCACCCGAUCAACAACGUUUAAUUUUCGCCGGUAAACAAUUAGAAGAUGGACGUACUCUUUCCGAUUAUAACAUUCAAAAGGAAUCAACACUACAUUUGGUACUCAGACUCCGUGGUGGUAUGCAAGUUUUCGUCAAGACAUUGACUGGAAAGACUAUUACAUUGGAAGUCGAAGGUUCUGAUACCAUUGAGAAUGUCAAGACCAAGAUUCAAGAUAAAGAAGGUAUCCCACCCGAUCAACAACGUCUCAUUUUCGCUGGUAAACAAUUGGAAGAUGGUAGAACUCUUUCCGAUUACAACAUUCAAAAGGAAUCAACACUACAUUUGGUUCUCAGACUCCGUGGUGGUAUGCAAGUUUUCGUCAAGACUUUAACUGGUAAGACUAUUACUUUGGAAGUCGAAGGUUCUGAUACCAUUGAGAAUGUCAAGACCAAGAUCCAAGACAAGGAAGGUAUCCCACCCGAUCAACAACGUCUCAUCUUUGCGGGUAAACAAUUGGAAGAUGGUAGAACUCUUUCUGAUUACAACAUCCAGAAGGAGUCAACUCUUCAUUUGGUUCUCAGACUUCGUGGUGGAUCUCAAUAA